AUGUUAAGGGGAGGUGGAGCUUGUGCUUCUUAAAAUAAAUAGCAAUCUAUGUCUAUCAGCUCAUUAUAAAUUUCUAAUCAAUUUGAGAAUGUUCUAUCUUGUAAUGUCCUCUUGUUAUCAAAAAAAGCUGAGGAUUUUAACAAUAAUUAUUCAGAACUUUACAAUAGUCUUUAUAUACUGUUAUCACUGGAUUAAGAAUUAAAUAAUCUGACCAAAUCAAGAAAUCAACUCAAUAAAUAGAUUGAAAAUUUAGAGAAAUGCCUUAGAGACGUUCUUGAAUCAUGUUAGAAAUUAAAUAAUCCGUAACUUCGAUAUUUAGCAAUCCAAUUUGCUCAUAAAUUAUCAAGAACUAUUUUUUGGCACUACUGCUAAGCAAAGUCAAUUAAAGAUAGAAUGCAAUAAUAAUAUAUUUCUACUUUAAAUAAAAUUGAGACUCUAAAUAAUGCUUUCGACAGUUUUUAUAAAAAUAUGAUUGAGUAUGAAAUUGUGGUUUGUAAAAUGAUAUUUGUAAUCAUGCCUAAUGAUUUAUAAGAAGGCUUAGAGAUUAUGGCCUUAUUUACAAGUUACAAUUAGAUUCUAAUGAAUACUCUUCCAAAAUCAACUUAAGAUACUAUUAAAAGUGGAGUUGUCUAAUCAAUUCGAGAUGCUACUAAAGUCUAAUAUAGAAAAAUUUAUAAAUAAAUCUUUAAUAUAGAUACAAUGAAAUGGUGGGUUAUUUAAGAACUUCGAUAAAAUAAUUAUUCAGCAAAAAAAAUAAUUGCAGAAUUACAUAAUUUUCAUAAAGAUUUAUCUAAAUCAGAUUAUUAUAUACACUAAGCUUGGAUUUAAGCUAUAAGUGAUAUUGUAUCUUAUUCUCCUAUUAUUUCAGAUGAUUAAUUAUAGUCUAUUAAUACAGAUUUACAAGAUUUAAUUGACAUGGGUUGUUUAUAAAAAAUUAAGAAUGAGUAUCUCAUUACACUUAACUUUCUUAAAAUAAAAAAUUAAUCUUGUCAAUAAAUUUAUGAAAAGAUAAAUUUCUAUCCUAUGCUUAAAUAAAUUUAAUCAUAAAUUAUCACCUAAGAUAAAUUCUUCAAUUCACUUUAUAAGAAAAAAGAUGAGUUGAAAGAAUCAUAAAAAUAAGAAUAAGAAACAAAAAAUGCAUUUUAAUAUCUUUUUCAAUUAUUUGUUGACAUUGAUAUAGAAGCUCAUAUUGAUUUGAUUAAAAAAGUUAAUUAAAGCUAUUCUGAAGUAAAUGAGAAUUUAUCUUUAAUUAAAUAAUUAAGUCUAAAUAAAUGGAUUAGAAUGUUAGAAAAUAAAUCAUAUGAUGAUCCUAUUGUUUUUGGAGAAUUUGAAGAAAAAUAAAAGUAAAUCAAACAUUUGAUAAAUUAAGUAAAAGCAAUCCAAAAUUUUCUUAUUCGUUUUGAUUUUAUUCUUUUACAAUGGAAUAUUAUGGAAUAGAUAAUAAAUUAAGAAGGUAAGACAUCAUUAUUACAAUCAAUUUUUUAAGAAAAUUAAUAAAAUUAUCUUGAUUGCCAUUUAAUAAGUAAAGCUAACUUGGAAAAUUUAAAGGAUGUACAAUUAUUAAAUAUCAAUUUUGAUGUUUACUUCUCAAUUAUUACUGAAUAUAUUGAGAAAUAAUAUCAAACAGUUUUUAAAGUUCUUGAGACAAUAAGAUCAAGUGAUCCAAUAAUUUCUUUAUAUAAAUAAAAUAAAGAUGUCAAUGAAGUUAUUUCAAAUAGUUUAAGGAAAGUUAAUGAUAAAAUAAUUUAAUUUAAAAAUGCUUUUAUGCGCAUUUCUUUUAAGUUCAAAUAAGUAGACUUUAAUUGCAUUUAACAAUUUUACCUUGUAUCUCUUAGAUUACAGUAUUUAGAAUUUCCAAAUUAAUAAUUUGAGUUUAGAAAUUAAGAUCAUUAAACUCUUUUUUAUAUUUAAGGGUACGAAAAAUAAAUAAUAAAAGUUUAAUUAAUAGAAUUACACAAAGAGUUUCGAGAUUUAUUUACAAGUAGCUAGUUUCAAGAUUAUGAAUAAGCAAAGGUUUAUAUUAGAUCAAUAUAGUUUAUUUGUAAAACUCUUGACAAUAUACUUUAUCAAAACAAGAAAAUUAUCUAACAUAUUCAUAAUUAUAAGUUAUCUAUAUAAAUAGAUUAUGCUUAUGAUUAUUAUAAUGAUUUAAUCAAUUCAUGGAAUACUAUGUUUGAAAUGACUGAAGAAUUAGAUUAUCAAAAAUAUGAUUAAUCCUUUAUUUAGGUUAAAUAUGAUUAAUUAAAUAAGACUUAUAAUUUAAUUUGCUAAAUAAAUACAUCAAUAAGAUGGCCUUUAAAUCCUUAAUUAGCUUCAUAUUUUAAGAUGUAAAAUUAGCUAGAAGCAUUAAUUUAAGAAUUAAAAAUAUAUCUAAGUUACAAUCUUAGUUAGGAUUUAAAUUCUUAAAAUAGAUAUUAAAGUAUUAUUACAAAUAUAAAAUAAAUUUGCUUAAGUUAAGUGCAAAAAGUAAAAUCAAUUCUUGAGUAGUAUACUUAAGGAGUUGAUUAAUUAUCAAAUAAGUUAGAGAAUCAAACUAAUUUUUAGAUUGAAGAACUACAAAACCUAUUAAUAAGUGUAUAAGAAGCUUUAGAUGAUACUUUAAAUUUAGUUUAAUCUAGGAUAUAAGCUUCAAAUUAAAAUUCAACUAGUGGAUCAUUAAACGUUUUAAAUAAUAAUAAAAAGUAAGAUUUUGAAACAUUUUAUAAUUAUAAAUUCAACUCAGAAACUAUUCUUGUUAUGUAAUUUGUCAAAUUUAACUUCAAUUUUAUUGACUAAAAUGCCAUCCUAGAAAUACUUAAAUCUGAUGAAAAUAAUACAGAAAAUCUACAUAUUGUAUAAUCAGCUAUGGAAUCAUUCAUGAUUAGAUCAAUUAUGUUAGUAAAUUUGAUAAAUGUAUGGAAUUGUUGUUUAGUCGAAGAAGAUUUUUAUACAAUCAGUAAAUUAAUUUUACAAAUUAGACUAAAUGAAACAAAUACGUUAAUUAAAAGAGAAAUUAAAUCAACCUACAAAAAAGAACUUACUUAAAUUAUUAAUAAUUAACUCUAAAAAGAAUUAUAAUUUUUUGAAUUUGAUUUAAAAUAAAUGAUUUAAGAAAGAAAUUAGUUGUAUUUUUAAAUAAAGUAUGAACCUUCAUUUGAGCUUUCUUAAAAAUUAGAAGAAAAAAUCAAUAAAUUAGCUAAUCUAAUUAAAACAAUGAUUUUUAACUUUAAGGAAAUAGAAUAAGAAUAUAAUAUUGAGAUACCAUUUUGUAAUCAAUUAUUGAUAGAGUUUGAAAAAGGAGAUCAAAGUUCACAAUCUUUUGAAAUUCAUGAGAUUAGCUUUUACUAAGGAAAAUCAAUCACAGAAUUAUUUUUAUUACGAAUGGAUAGCAUUUCAAGAAAAAUAAAAAUAUCUUAGGUUAAAAACACAUAUGUUGAUUUUGUAUGCUAAAAUAAAAAUUAAAUAAGAACAUUAUUUUCUCAGAAAGAAAAAAGAAAUGGUACUAUAGAUAGAUUUUUAGAUGAUUUAUAAUAGGAUUAAUUAUUACUAUUAUAAGGAGAAUCAGGAUAUGGAAAAAGUUUAGCAAUUAAAAUGAUUGAAGAAUAUGUUUGGAAAAGAAAUGACCCAAUAAAAAUUAUUCCAAUUAUUAUAAAAUUAUCAGAAUUAAAAGAUCCAAUUAAUAAUGCAAUAAUUGAAACUUUAAGAUCUUUGAAUUAUAAAUUAGAUGCUUCUUAAAUUGAUUAACUUUAAAAUCAUAUAAAAUCUAAUAAAAUGCAAAUGCUAUUUAUAUUUUAAGGUUACGAUAAGUUGGGUUAAAAUUUAAAACCUAUUAAUUUUCUUAAAUCCAAUAAUUUAAUUUAAUGGAAUACACCUUGUUUACCAAAUACUCCAAAAUAUAUAAUUGUAACUCGAAGUGAAUAAUUUAAAAAUAUUAAUCAUUUGCGUUGGAUUGAUUAAAAUGAAAUUAAUUAUAUGACUAAAAAUUAUUGGAAUUUGAAAAUUCUUCCUUUUGAUUCUGAUUAAAUCAAUCAAUUUUUAAUUCAAUUUUAAGAAAUGAGCAUUAGAAAUUUAGUUAUGGAUUUUUAUUAACUUCUGUGUGAAUUUCCUCAUCAAGAUUUACUAAUUUAAAAUUUCAUCUCAUUUUGGAAGAAAAUUAAUUUUAAUUUUAAUGAAUAGAGUAUAGGAAAUAUAUUACUUUCAUAACCAAUCAUCAAUAAAUUAAUAAUUACAUUAUAAUAGGAUCCAAAUAUAAAAAAUUUUAAAGGUUAAAUUACUCAAUAAUUGUCUAAUUAAUUAGCAUAAUUAAAAUCAAGCUAUUAUUAUAGUCGAAUGUUAGAAAGUCUUCGAUAUGAGCAACCUAUAGAUAACCCAUAAAUUUUAAAGGUUUUUAUUAAUGCUUUACCAAAAUUAAUUUAAAAAAUGAGUGAUAGUCAAAAAAUAAAAAAUCAGUUUUUUAAUAAUUAUUUGUGUUAAAAUUAUCUAAUUAAUUGCGAAAUUAAUGAACCAAUUACCUAAUUAGAACAGUAUUGGAAUUAAUUAGUUAAUAGUUAAUUUUUUAAAUUAUAUAACUUAGAUUAUUCAGUAAUAAAAGUAAAAACAAUAAUAAAUUAAUUAUUUUAAAAAGAUGCAUCUUUGAUUGAAAAAAUUAUUUCAGCAUUUGAAAAAAUUUAAAUUACUCACUAUGAUCUAUAUGAAGAAUAUAUGAAUUAUUAUUUUGAUAAAUCUGUUAAAAACUAUGAAUUAAUUGAAUAAGGGAUUGCUUUAACAGAAUUUAGGGAAGAAUAAUGGAACUUUUGUUUAAAUUUUGCUUAAUUAUUAGCAUUCAAUGAAUUGUUUUCAAUAAAAUUAAAUAAUUUAGGAGGAUCUGUAAGUGAUUUGUAAAUAAUUUUGAAUGACGAUAAUUAUUCAAUAAAGGAUACUCUUUUAUCAAAAAAGUAUAUAAGAAAUUCCAUUCCAUUAAUUGAAUAAUUCUCAGUUUACUCUUUUGAAAGUAAAAUAAUUUAGGAAUUCUUAGUUGCUAAAGCUAUAAUAAAAUAAAUUGAAUUAUUUGAGGUUAUUCCAAAUAAUGAGUUAUUUGAUAAUAGUCUUCUUAAAAUGAAAUAAUUAUCUAACUCAUUUUAUUAUGGAACAGUAAAUUUUAUUGUAUAAAAAUUAAAAUCAAAUUUCUUUUUAAAGUAAAAUUUAAUAAAGAUCAUAAAAUUAUCUUCAAAUUAUAAAGAUUAUUGUUAAUUAUCAUCUAAUGCCUUUUUUUUAUUACUUAAAUUAGAUGGAUUUAUUAAAGGUGCAAAUUUUUCAAACAUUAAAAUCAAAGAUAUUUAAAUUGAGGAUUGUUAUUUAUAAGAUUGUAAUAUUUCUGGAUCAGAAUGGAAUAAUGUAUCUAUAAAAAAUCUUAGCCUCUUACAAAAUAACAUGAAGAAUAUGUAUUGCUCAAAUUUAAAUUUAUCCUCUUAUAUUUUGAAAAAUGAUUUAAAAUAUCCUCUUUUUGUUCGUUAUUUUAAAUCAGGUAAAAUUUUUAUCAUUUACAAAGUUACAAUAAAAGAUUUAAAGGGAAAUUUAAUAAUUUAGGGCAAUUUUGAUAAAUGCUAAAUUUUUGAAAUAUAAGAUAAUUUUUAUAUAAUAACACAAAAUUACUUUUUCCUUUUAAGAGAACAGAAUGAUGAAAUUCAACCACAUUAGUUUGAUAUUUCAAAUAUCAUAUCAGUUACAUAAUUCGAUUAAUAUAUUAUGCUUUUAUAAUUGAUUACACCAAAUGAGGCUAAAAUUUUCUAAAUCAAUACCAAAAAAAAAGAUAUCUAAUAUCAACUACCAAUAUUAAUGUAAGAUAUUGUGAAAUACAAUAUUAAAUAAUUUUAUCAAAUGUAAGGUAAUCUUAUAGUAUUUUUAACACAUACUUAAUAAGUAUCUAGUAUGCAUUAUUAAAUAGAGGAUGGAUAAUUAUCUUUUGAUAAUUUGAAUGUACAUGCUACUUUCAGUAAUAGUGAUUCUAUAAGUUCAAUUAAAUAUUAUGCAAACUCGGACAUCACUGUUGUGACAAAAUAAAUGACUGAUUCAAACUUAGAGUAUGAUAUAAUUUAUGGAACAUUUAACUAAUUGAUUGGAAAAUUUAUUAUAAUUGAGAAUCAAAAAAAUUAAUUCUUAUAUUUGAACAAUUCAAAUUUAUAAUUGAUAAGUUAAGAAACCUUUAAAAUUAUAAGUGAGUGUGAUUUAAAUGAAAGUGCUUAAAAUUUAAAAUAAAACUAGUGUUAUUUAAUUAAUAAUGAUACUAUGCUUUUAACUUUUUCAGAUUCCUUUAUAAUUUUAAGUCUGCAACCUUUUGAAGUAAUUAAAUAAAUUAAGUUAAAAACUAAUGAUCUCAUAAUAAAUAAUAAAUUAAAUAAUUUAUCAAUAUUAACUGAAUAAGAACUCUUUUGUAUUGAUUUAUCUUAUAUGAAAGAUAAAUAAGAUAAAAUUAUCAAUUCUGUAUUCUAAUUCGAUAUGACUUAUUUUGUAAAAAAUUCCUUUAAUUUUUUAGGAAAAAGGACAAAUUCUUCGGAUAUUUAUAUGGGAGUGUUUAACAAAAAGGGUUUUGAUUUUUAAAAUUUAGGUGAGUCUGAUAAUUCUAAAUUUUAUUUAAGUGAUGAUGAAAAUUAUGUAAUAAUUAAUAAAAAUUCUGAAACUCUCUUUUAUGAUCUCAAAACUAAUACAAAAAUGAGUUAUGUUAGUUUAUCUUAUGAUAGAAUGUUAUGGAUUAAAGACAACUAAAAUUUUUUUUAUCUCUAACAUGAUUUUAUAGAAGAGUUUAGAAAUUCUGUUAUUACUGUAAAAAGCAAGAUAAUUAAUAAAUAGUCACAUAGAUCAAUUAAAUAAGUUUAGAGUACGGAAAAGAAAUUAUUUAUAACUACAACUACAAAUGAAAUAAUUGUGCUAAAUUAAUAAUUCUAAUAGGAAUAUGUUACAAAUAAAUUAAUUAUAAAAAAAUAUAGAGAAUUUUACAUAACUUUGAAUGAUCUAAGAUACGAAAGCAAUAAAAGAAAAACUAUAACAAUUCUUUAUGAAUCUAAAAAUAAAAUUAAAGAUUUUUGGAUUUUUUCUGAUACCAUAUUAAUUAAGGAGUAAAAAGAGAAUGAUGAAAUGACUACUUUAGUAUUAUUAAGCAAAAAAGACAAUUCUGUAAUAAAUUAAUAAUUAAUUCAAAUAGAUCAUAUUGUCUACACAACCGAUGUUAUUUAAAUUAUAAGUAAUAAAAUAUUAUGGUUAUCAUAUUCAGCAAAAGAUUUUCAUUAACUUUAAUCUAAUAUUCUGCCUAAGAAUCAAAUUUAAAUGUCAUCAAAUAAUUUAGAUCAAGUAGCAAUUGUCAAUUCUUUUUCAGAAAUUACUAUUUGGAGUACAUUAACAUAUUAAAUACUUCUCUGUUUAAAAAAUAUAGAAAUAAUUUAGUAUUUUAAAAUAAUACCCAAUCGAGAUUGUUAAUUUUAUGUUGCUGAUAGAGAUGUUUUAAAAUUUUACCAUCAUAAUUAGGUUCGAUUUACUAUUUAAUUAAUAAAGAAAAGAAUCUCAAUUGUAACUAAUACAUGGGAUGCUAUUCAUCAUAUAUAUUAAAUAGAAGAUGAUAAAAUAACAUUAAAUAGUAUGAAUGAAGAUAGUAAAAUAAUAAAUUGGAAAAAAGUAAUUUUUGAAUUAGAUUCCAUAAGAGAGUCAAUAAAUUGUCUUGAUAAUAAAGAAUUUAGACUUAUAUACUUCAGUGGAUAAAAAUUAUAACAAAGUAGUUUGGAUUCAUUUGAUAUAAUUAAAAGUUUAACAUUUCCAGAACCUUUCAAAGCCAUUUAAAUAAAAUAUAAUAUUGAUUGCUCUUUAAUAAUUAUAUCGUCUAAUGAAAAAUUUGUUAUAGUAGAGGCUUCUGGUUUAACAAUUGUAAAUUAAAUUACUUUUAAUGAAAUAUUUUAAGCUUCUUUUGAUUAUACAUCUUAAAUUGAAAUUUUAAUAUAAGGAAAGUAUAACUUAAUUUUAAAAUAAAAAAAGGAGAUGCAAAACUUAAUUUACAAUUAUUCCUUAUCUUCAUAAAAAUUAGAUUUUAUUACAGAAAGUAAAUAUGAUUUAUUUAUUGGAUCAAAUUAAUAGGGUCUUAUUAUUAUUAAUAAAAAAACUGGGAAAAUUGAACUAUACAAUCCCAUUAUCAUAGAAAAUAAGCAUAAUUCUAUUUCAUAUAUAAAAACCACAGAACAUAACAUAACUCUGUUGACAAAAUGCUAAGUUUUUGGUAAUAAAUUAGAAAACUGUAAUAUAACUCUGAAUAAUCAACUAAAUAUAAGUGAUAUUUGGAGAAACAUAAUUUGA